AUGAAUCAUUCGGGUGUAUUAAAAAUGUCCGGCAAUGGUAAUGAUACCAGUAAUUUAAAUGUAUCAUCGUUGGAUGAUCAAGUUGUAUUUGAAAAUGUCCGUGAUCAAUACCUAAAAGGACAAAAUAUUUGCUGUUAUUUUUAUUUGCUAAAAGAUAUUAAAACAAGUGAACACGACAAUAUUGGCUUAUUUCGAGUCGGUUGUACAAAUGUAAAAGAUUCACUUGCAUUCGCAAAACCUGAAAUAUUAUCUGAAUCAAAUGGUGGUAUAUCAGGUCAAGCAAUAUUUCCUAACGAUUCUUUACCAAAAUCUGAUGAAGAAUUUUAUCAAUUUUGUUAUAUUCUCUCAUCAACAAAUCGAUCGAUUGGUUCUUCGAUACCAUUUCAAUUAAAUUGUUUAGAUGAUGAUAUUUGUGACUUCAGUGGAGACGAUGAACACAAUCAAGGUCAUGAUUCGACUCAUGCUGUAAAUAAACGUAGUGGCAAUGAUUUAGUUACUAUCGAUUUAAUUAAUGGUGAAACAAAUGGAGAUGAUUCCGAUUUUAUUGUGAUUCAAACUAAGCAUAUUCUCAAAGAAAAAAAACUAAAAAAUGAUUAUAAACAAGUGUUAUCAAUAAAUCGAAAAUUAGAAAAAGAAAAUGAUCAAUUAAAAAUGCAAAUAGAUCAGAUUGAAAUGAAAUCAAACGAAAUUAUCAAUAAAAUGAAUCAAGAUAUUAUCGCCAUGGAAAAACAAUGUGCAUCUCUCAUUGGCGAAUUGAAAAGUUAUAGUCAACAUGAAAUCUCGUUAAAAUCUGAUUAUUUGAAAUGUCGUGAACUUUGUCAAAUACAAAUUGAAACAAAUCAGUUAUAUGCAUCGAAACUCUCAAAAUUGGAAGAUAUUAAACAAGAAUUGGAAACAAAGGCUCAAAAAGAUCAACUUGUUUACGAUGAUACAAUUGAAAAAUUACAACAACAAACACAAAUGUGCAUAGCACAGAAGACACAAAUUGGUGAUAUGAAAAUGACUUAUGAAAAACGUAUGAUAUCGAUGCAAAAACAAAUUGAUAUUGAGCGUGAAAAAUGUACACAGUUAUCAUUGGAUAACUACGGUUUAGUAUCAACUUAUGAACAAAAAUUAAUAGAGUUAAAUGAAAAAUAUUUACAAGUCGAGAAUCAAAUAAAAACAUUGACGGUUGCUAAUGAAAUGUUAAAAAAUGAAUUAAAAGAAAAACAACGAGAUAAUCAACAAUUGGAAUGUUUAUGUCUAGAGAAAGAUGAAAAGUUGAUAGAAUUAGAAGGACGUUAUCAUUCCAAACAAUGUGAAAAAGAAAUAUUUCAACAGCAAAUGGAACAGGCUAAAAGUGAUUUGGAAUCAAUUCGUACAGAAUUAGAAGAACUAAAAUCAAAUCAACAGUCUCAUAAUACUCUAAAAAUGUCUUAUUCUGUUGUGGAAAAACGUUGUUUAAAACAUCAAAAACAAGAAAAACAGUAUAAAAAACAAGUCGACGUUUUAAAAAGUCAUAUUCGUGAGCAACAAAAUGAAAUAAAUGAAUUGCGUGAUCGUCUACAUGAGGCUAGUUGUGAAUAUAAAAAUAUUUAUCGUGAAUUUUUACAAGUACAACGUCAUAGUGGUAGUUUAUUAAUUAAUGACAAAGAAUUAAUAUCGUCAGCAGUGAUGUCUGAUCUACUGCCAAAAAUGAAAAUGGCUGAUCCAAUUCAAAUACCAUCAACACAAGUAUCCGAUUUAUCCACAACAUGUCCUGUUAAAGAUCUUGUGUGGGAUGCUGAAAAAAAAUUUGUCGAACAAAACGAUGAACAACAAUCAUAUAUUUUAGCUCAAUCACAAAAAACAACAACAAUGUCAGAUGAAACUGGUAUCAAUGAAGAAAUGUUAAUGAAUUUGUUACGUGAAAGAUAUAGUCAAGAUCAAAUUAAUGAUGAUGAUCAAGCACAGUCCUCCAUGUAUGAAAGUGAUCUAGAUUUAGAUGAUGUUGGCUCUGCAUUAUUGUUGGAAAGUGAUAUUGAUUCAGUUCCUGCCACAGAUUUUUCUGAUGAAAUUAAAGAGUGUCCAAUGUGUAACAUGAAAUUCUUACCAAAUUUAACUUUAAAUAAUAAACAAGAACAUAUUGAAGGUCAUUUUGACAAUAUUGAAGGUUAA